AUGUUAAUAAAUUGCCACCUUUCAAAUGCUCUUAGUUUAUGGGAAAAAUAUAAAAAUAAUCUUUCAGAAGACAUUAAAAAUCAAAUGGAAAACAAUUCUCAAAAUAUCCCGCUAAAUAUAAAUGAAGUAUACAACAAAUGCCUAAUACAAAUUGAAGAUAUAAUUCUUUCAUUAGGUGGUGAACAGUUAGAAAAAUAUGGACUUCCCCAACCGCUAAGAGAAAAUAAUGCUAAUUUCCAUCGAGAAUACUUUAUCGAAACAAACUAUGAUAUCGAAAGUUUAGAGAGAAAUGUUAUAAAUAAAGAAAAAACUCUUACAAAUGAGCAAAGAAAUAUAUAUAACCAAAUUAUCCAUAGUGCCGAAAAUAACUCAGGACAGGUAUUUUUCCUCGAUGCACCUGGAGGUACCGGAAAAACAUUCCUAAUAAAUCUACUACUUCAAAAUAUUCGGAGUCACAACAAUAUUGCGUUAGCCGUUGCAUCAUCUGGCAUUGCUGCAACAUUAUUGGAUGGCGGAAAAACAGCCCAUGCAACAUUUAAACUACCUUUUGAUUUUAUGCACCACGAAACUCCAGUGUGUAAAAUAUCAAAACAAAGUCAUUUAGCACAGAUAUUAAGGGAAUGCCAGUUAAUUGUAUGGGACGAAAGCACAAUGAUGCACAAAAAUGGAUUUGAUGCUUUAAAUAGAUCUCUUCAGGACAUAAGGUCAAAUGAUUGUUUAAUGGGAGGUCUAACUAUUCUAUUAGCUGGUGAUUUCCGACAAACUCUUCCUGUAGUGCCCAGAGGAACUAGAGCUGAUGAAGUAAAAGCAUGUUUAAAAUCUUCAUAUCUAUGGCAACUCACCAAAAAACUGUCUCUAAAACAAAAUAUGCGCGUGCAUUUAAUGGGAGAUGAAUCGGCUAAAGAAUUUUCUAAAAUAUUAUUGCAGAUUGGAGAUGGAAACUAUAACGAAGUACAAGGAAAAAUUAUUAUACCAUCAAAACUUGGAAUCGUGGUAAAAACAUUGGAUGAACUCAUAUCCCAAAUAUAUCCAGAUAUAAGAAAUAUAAAAAAUAAAUCUAAUGAUUGGUUCUGUGAACGUGCUAUUUUAACACCAAAAAACGAAAAUGCUACGAAUAUUAAUAAUACAAUUCUUGAAUCCUUCGAUACACCUGAAAUGCAAUAUGUUUCAAUAGAUUCUGUUGAAAAUGUGGAAGAUGCAGUAAACUAUCCCGUCGAGUUUCUUAAUUCAUUAAAUCCACCAGGAUUUCCUGCUCAUAAAAUUACACUGAAAAUUGGAACCCCUGUUAUAUUAUUACGAAAUUUUAAACCACCGAAAUUAUGCAACGGAACACGCUUAAGAAUAAAAACUCUUCACAGAAACGUCAUUGAGGCCACAAUAAUAACUGGUUGUGGUCAAGGUGAAUCCACGUUUAUUCCACGCAUUCCCUUAAUUUCCAACGAUUACCCUUUUAACUUCAAACGACUGCAAUUUCCAUUAAAAUUGUCAUUUGCUAUAACGAUUAACAAAUCUCAAGGACAAUCGUUAAAACUUGCAGGUAUUGAUUUACGUGAAAGUUGUUUCUCUCACGGUCAAUUCUACGUAGCCUGCUCACGAGUAAGUUCACCAAAAAACCUUUAUAUUCUUACUCCUAAUGGAAAAACCUCAAAUGUAGUCUAUAAAGAAGUACUUCGAUAA